AUGAGCGAUCGCGACGAAAAGAUGGCGCCGAGCUCGUCUUCUCCAAUGAGCAUGCCUGAGCAGAGCCCCGUCACUGAACCCGCCAACCACAACAACAACACCACAGCAGCAGCAGCAUCACCCACACAAUCCGUGUCAGCCAGCAAACGCAGCAGAGGCCGCCCACGCAAAUACCACACGGAUGCCGAGCGCGAAGAAGCCAAACGCCGGUACCGCGAAAACCACAAGAGCAAAGCCGUGUCUUCGUCUGGGGUUGCUAGCAGUGGGGCAGGUGGUGCCGCCAAUGCUGCUGCCGCCGCCGCCAUGAUCACUGCUGCGGCGAAUUCGUUUACGCCCAUCCAAACUGCGGCUAAACAGCAGGAUGUGGAUGAAUUGUGGGAAGUGGUUCGCGGGUUGCAGGAGCAAGUCGCCGAGUUGAAGACGCAGUUGGUGCAGAGGGACGCCGCCGCUGCUGUCGCUGCCGCUUUGCCUGGACAGAAGCGCAGGAAGGUGUGA